UCUUCACUCCAUCUUUCUGUAAACUUCUCCAAUCCUUGUGCCUGAUGUUGGGUUCCUACUUGCAUCCCGAGACCCAAGAAGAGAUCCUGAUUUCGGCUGACAGCCGCGGCUACCACUGGAUCAACGCUGCGGCGGAGGAGCGGCUGAGUUUCGAGUUGAACGUGGAGGAGUUCAAGUUGACGCCAGCCGAAGGUAGCGGACAUGACAUUGAAAUCACCUUUGAAACUGAUGAUGAAGAUGUGGUGAUUGCCGCAGUCCGAGAAGGACUGAGCUAUGCCCGUUUGAUCGGUGUCAUGGAAACCAAAGUCCGAGAACAAGGGGUUCAUUUGGCACUUCCAGAGGUGGAACGGAAGGCGGGUGGCAACAUCCAUGCGUUCAUUUGCAACGUGGAGGAGCAGGAAGACUGGCGUGACUUCAGUGUCUUGGCAGCCGUGGCGACCAAUGCACAUUUGAACAGCGGAAUUCCUGCGGUGAUCGUGGAUGACACAUCCCCAGCAGAUGACGAUGCCAUUCAGAACUUGUUGGAUCGGCUGCAGCCCAACCAGGUGACUAUCUUUCGAAGCGAAGAUGAGAAACUCCAGGGACAAGUCAAAGGCUCUGAAUCUGCCGGUGUCACGGAACGCACCUGCAACAGUUUGAAGGAAAUGAACGAAUUCAUUGCCACCACCUGGGCUGGAGAAAUCAAGUUGGCAGUGGUGGUGUCCACGGCUGAUUACGGCAAUGCCUUGCUGGCCACGUCUUUGGCGUGUUUGCUCCAGGCCCCUCUUUUCGUGACCGAAAAUGCGGGGGAUGUGUCGGAGCUCACGGAUUUCGGCAGCUACCCAGUGGUGACUUUGGGAGAGGAUCUGGCCGAUUUCAAGGCAGGUGAUGCCAAGGUGGUGUCCAUUCCCGACAUCGUCAAGGCUGCAGCCUACCUGAAAGAUGAAGGCAUUGCGGUGAAUUAUAUCGCCUUGACCAAUCCUUUGGACCGGAAAACCAAGCUGAAGCUAUCCUUGACGGCUCCCAUCUAUGCCUGUGCCCAUGGUGGUUUGGUGCUACCUUUGAAGGAUGUGGCACUGGAAAAAGCCAAAGCUUUGGAUGCAGCUCCGUUGACCAAAGUCAAGGAGCAGCUGAAGGGAGUCUACGAAGUGCUGGGUCAGCCGCGGUUUUUGAACCUCGUGGGGUCAACCGAAAGUGUUCCAGCGUGCAAAACCACUGAAGAUGUGAACAACUGCAAAGAUUAUGCACUUACGGACUAUCACUAUGCCACAGCCAAGUUCAAUUUGGAUGAUGCUCAUGAGAUUGCCGUAGGUCGUUGUUACACUGAUUCAGCCACUGCCGGUUUCCUGUUGGCUACUCGUUCCGUGAACUAUGCCGUCUUGAGGGCUGCGGGUGAGUGGAAGGACAAGAUCGUGGAUGCUGGUCUUUGGGGAUGGCCCGAACUGCGGAAGAUCUUCAUGAACGCCGGCUUCUCUUUGGCGGAGCUUCAAAAAGAUGAGAUGAAACCGUUGCACCAGGUGGAUUUUGAGAACAACAAGAUCGAAGCAACUGCAGUGUUGCACAAGGAUCAUUCUGGCUGGGCUGGAUUGGGUCAAUGCAUGCGACGUCACAGCGAUGUGAUGUUUGCUCCCUGUGUGAUGUUGUCCUUGGGAUGCCAUGCUGCUGGCAUCGAUGAAGGCAUUCCAUCCUGUGCCUCGCGGGUCAUGGCGCGCGGUGGCGUUUGCUUCACGGGUGCUGCCCGGUGUCCUACGGCCAUCGCCACCCUUUGGAGCGUCGCCUUCUUCAACGAACUGCUGGAUGGUCACGGCCGAUCCUUGGGUGAAGCCAACUUGGGUGCGCACAACAAAUUCCUGGCGCACCACCGGGCACUGAAAGUGGGGUUGGGCAAAUACACCUUGAUGAAUCGCUUCACUUUGGGAGAUCCGGCACUGAGGCCUUACCCCAGCUGUCAGCCUGACGUGGCGCAGAUGGCGCGACACAGCUUCGACAAGGCCAACAUCACGGUGACGGGGCCCGAGAAGUGGAGCAUGGUGGAAGUGCACCCGGAUCAGCUGAAGGAAUGGAAGUUCGAAGGGUCGUUGUUCGUUCCCGUCUGUCCCGGCUGCGCCCCCGAAGCGCACUGGUGCGGUGGGGGCUACGAUGCGCAGACGCCCUACUACCAGCUGGCGGUCAAGGUACCGAGCAAUGCCAAGGGCGUGGUGAUGACAGAGGUGACAUACAACAAGGACUCCAAAGACAUCACAGUUGAGGAUUCAGCUUCAAGUGCCGAUCCAGUUUGUGGAGAAUAUGAAUGUUCCCAGUACGUGGACAACGGCAAUGGCAACGAUUGGCACUAUGUCACGGUGACGCAAGAGGAGAAGGGCUACAAAUGGUCCAAUCGUGCAGGAGUUUCCUGGAUGUUGGAUGCAGAGACCUUGGACAUUGGAGAGGAUUGCCCCUACCACAGCCAGGGUCGUCACAACGAGCCGCAACGCAACGCGGCCGGGUUGGUGACCUCCAUGGUCUUCGGUGGCGAGGCCUACAACCGGGUGGACGUGGGUGGCCCGGAGAUGGCGGAAGCCAAGAAGUUGUGGUGGCGCGAAGCACAGCACAUGGAAGAGCUCAGUGAUGGAUCGAAACUGCUGUUGUUGCCAUUGAAAAUGAUUCAGUAUGAUCAAAAGGAAGGGAAACUUCAAUCGUUUUUGAAGAGUUGCACCUUGAAAGUCAUUGCAGAUGAUGUGGAUUUGGCUGAACUCAACAAGAUUGCUGGGGUUGCAGAGAGAGGAGGCGGCCGCGGCAUUGCUUUGGCCAUGCAGAACCGUGGAGAGUAAGGCAGUGAGCCAGCCAACUGUUUUGAAUUUCCUGGUAUUGUGCAACCACAUGCCGGGUUGAAGUCACGUUGCCACUUGGGAUGUCUCCAAAUUCUGUGCCCUUCAGAUCUUAAAAA